AAAAAACCUCGUUGUCAUACACUGCGACCCAGUCCUCCGGCGCCUUGCAUUUUCAAGAUGGCGGCUCAUGUGGAAGAAGAGCCCGAUUUACCUGAAGAAGUUACUGAAUCUCUUGAGACUUUUCACGAAGCUUUGGGUAAAGUUGAAGAUGUUUUCAAGCCUCUUCUAGAGACCUCAGUUGAUGACCUAAAGGAAAAGGUUUGAAGUUCCCUUUAAAAAAAAACGUAGAGUACAUGUAACCCUCAAGUAGACUGAGUAGAUUUUGAUAAGCUGAAACUUUACUUUGUAUAGCGUUCCUUUUAAUAUCGCAUCUUGAGAUUUUUUAAACGUUAAAUUAAAUUGUUGGUCACCUACGCUCUUAACUCAUACUGAAACUUCAAGGAAAACAAGUAAGCGGUUUCUUUUGAUCACGAGACCAGGCUCUGAUCGCAUAUUCGUUCAAAACUCUUAAUAAAACGUAGUUACUAAAACAUGGAACGACCUAAAACCACCUAAAACCACCUCAAACCAUCUACAACCACCUAAAGCCACCUACAACCACCUCAAAAAAUUCAACAACCACCUACAACCAUCUACAACCACCUCAAAAACAUCUACAACCACUCGCAAACAAUCUAAAACCAUCUAAAACAGGGUAUAAAUAUCUGUUUCAAAAUAGUUUCACACAAAUGUAUGUAGUCCCGCAGAAUCCUUUAGUCUAGUGUGAACGUGUCUCACUUGUAGAGCCUGAUUUUAUACAGCUAUUAACCUGUUUACAGUUGCAAGAAUUAGAAAACAUUAUAUAAUGAUAUUUGAUAAUUCUUUUCAGCAAAAUGAAUCAAAACGUUCUUACCAGUAACGUCCCUUGGCGGGGAGGGAACACCCGAAUAUGUGAUCCAAAGUUUUCAUUCUGUUUUAGCUCGUAAAGUUCCAGCUACUCUAGCCUGUGCCAGGCUCUUAGAUAGUAUAGUGGGGACGUAUUUACAACGAGCAAAGCGAAAAUAAGAAGCGCGCAUAUCCCAUCACUCCCAAGAAGAGGGCCGGGGUGAAAGUUGGGUUCCAAAACAUAAUAAAGGUAUAUAAAAAUCCAGGCUAAUUACUUUAAAUACAAUCAUUCACUAUUAAAAUUUUUCAACCCAUUUUUGUUAAUUCGGCUCGUCUUAACUUGUUUUCUUCUGAAUCCAUUGCAUUAUAGAUUUUUUCAAAUAACAUUUUUAACAAUGAUUACACCUACUAGUCUCCGUUUCCUGUGUCGUGACGCAAGGGAGUUUAGCCUUGCGUGAUGACACAGGAAACGGGUGUGAAAGACACUAAGGUUCAUCUAAAGGAGUCACCUGGAAUGUACAAACAUGUUUGGCGGAUGAGAUGCUAAAAAAAUUAACUUGUUCUUAGGAAUGUAAUCCGCCACCUCAGAACAAAACAGCAGUGAAGCAGACUCCGAGAGAGAGAAAAACAUUGCGUAAACAAAUGAAACGUGAACCAAAAUGUCUCACUGGUACCCAGGGUAGAAAAAGCCAAAUCAAGUCAGUCUUUCAACUACGAGUUUGUUAUUUUAUUUUAUAAUUUUUUGUGACUUGAUAGUUCAUUUUGUAAAGUUCUUUAAGUCUUUUAAUAUACUUAGCAUGAUCUCGCAUUUCAUUUAGUGACUUAAGCCAAUGGUUGAUGAUACAAGGGACCAGGGAGGGUAAGAUUUUAGGGGGAAGUGGAUGUUUUGUUCGAUUCUCUUAUUUCAUGUUCGUGACAUGUUGUCGUCUCGCCUUAUUUCAGACAUUUAUACCUUGUUUUAGAUGGUUUUAGAUUGUUUGCGAGUGGUUGUAGAUGUUUUUGAGGUGGUUGUAGAUGGUUGUAGGUGGUUGUUGAAUUUUUUGAGGUGGUUGUAGGUGGUUUUAGGUGGUUGUAGAUUGUUUUAGGUGGUUUUAGGUGGUUUUAGGUCGUUCCAUGUUUUAGUAACUACACUUAAUAAAAUGUCGUCUUUAGCUACAUUGUAUUAAGUGAAGAAAUCAACUCAAAAGAACGUUAAAGGUACAACAAAAUACAAAGCUGGUGAGGGUUAUUCUCAGAAAAACAGGGAGAUCGAUACCCUGCAAUUAUUUGUAUUCACAUGUACAAAAGUAUUCUUUAAAUUUCUUACAAGUUUUAUGACUCUUUUAUGUUUGUGGCACAUGAAACACGUCAAAUCCGAAAGUUGAAUUGAUUAAAGCAAGAAUAGCCUGCAAAAACAGCCAUCCUCCUUACUCCUCACUGCUAGGGAUGUUUCGCCAGGAGAGAUGUCUGUGCCUCAAGAACAGAAAUUUCAAACUGAUGAUGUAUAAUCUGUCCGAAAUCUGGUUGGUAGCUCUGAUUGGUCGACAUAGUAGUUACCGUAAAAUUCCAAAAAUUAGCCCCGGGGCUUAUAUUUUUCAAAGGCCCUUUUUGAGGGGCUUAUUUUUGGAGGGGCUUGUAUUUGGAGGGGCUUAUGUACGGAGGGAAAUUUGUGUUUCAAAAUCGAUUGGGCUAGCUUGUAGUGGGAAGGAAAUUUACCAUUUUUGUUUUGUUUUACUUUGUAAUCAAGGGCAAAUUCUAAUUACAAGCCCCCCGGGGGGCUUAUAUUCGGAGGGGCGAUUUAACGAAGGGUUUUUAGCAUUACGAUUUUGGGGGGCUUAUAUUUAGAGGGGCUUAUUUUCGGAAUUGUACGGUAUCUAUCAGAUCAUCAGAUAUACUAAAUUCUUUAGAGUGGUCAAACUUAGAAGAAAGAAGAAAAAGGCACUUAUUAGUUACGAUGUUUAAAACAUUCAAAAAUAAUUGUCCGACGUACCUUGGAGAGCGGUUUCAUAGAACCUCUGAAAUUCAUGACUAUAAUUUGAGGGCUUCUCAUCUCCAACUACCACUACCUAAAACAAAUUUUCUUAAGCAUUCAUGUUCUUAACAGGGUGCAAUGGCUUGGAACCAACUGUCAAAUAAAACACGUGAGAUUGGGGAUCUUACUAGCUUUAAACUCGCCAUAUCUUGGGAUAUAACUUUUUAUUAUGUUUUUUAUCUUAUUUCUUUAAUACUCAUUUCUUGCUGUUAUAUUGUAUUUCAAAUUAUUGAUUUUUUUGUUUUGUUUUUACCACUAUUAUUAGUCUUGAUUACCAUAUAAGCUAGAUAGUUACGUUUAUGACAGUCGAUAGGAACAGAUAAAAUUGUCAAUUCUUGUGCUAAUUAUUGUUAGUUAAUCACUAGUCCUAAUUUUUAUAAAUUGUAAUUACCACACGGCAUGUCUGAAAACCAGCUUGCUGAGCCAUUUACCUUGUUUAAAUAAAGUUGAUUGAUUGAUCAAUUGAUUGUUUUAGCUAUUGUUUGCGAUUGACAGACAAAAGACAAACAGUCGUAAUGUUAAAAUGUAAAUGCAAUGAAUCUACUACAAAAUGGUCAAUUUUCGUGGAACAUAUUUUUCUGUAGCAGAAACAUUUGAGCUUUUCUGGAGCUCAUUCGUUGAAGGAAGAAAAAAAAAAGAAGAAAAAAACUUUACCAUUAGAUUAUCAACCAGGAGAGUAAAUUUGAACAAACUGACAUUUGGAACCCCAUGACUACCAGAUUUAUUAUGUAAACAUCAGUAUGGAGUUUCUGUCACUGAGGUGUAAACAUCUCUCCUGGCUAAAUGUACCUAGCGGGGAGCAAGGAAAGGUGGCUGUUUUUGCAGGCUAAGAUGAGGAUAGCCUAACUGAUAUCUUCAAUCUUAUAACAAUCAAGUCAGCAUUAAAUUUAGUGAACCUUUAUUGGGCUGCCAAAACUACAGAAUACAGGGUCUUAUUUAUUGGUUCUUUUUUAUUUUUGAUAACACUUGGAUAACAAGCCCUAUUUUAACUUUUUAUUUUCUUUUUUAGAUGAAUCCACUGGAAAGUGCAAAACUUGACCUAGUAGUUGCUUAUGCUAUCAACUCAAUGUUCUGGAGUAAGUUUUUUUUUUAAACUACUUUUCCAGCUUCUUAACAAAAGCCUUCCUUUACUUACACAGUUAAAGAAAAAACUUCCUUUAGCCAAAAGAAAAUAGUGUAAUGGGACAAUACUGCCAAAAAGGUUUAGUUGAGCAGGUUAACAAAACUUCCAAAGUUUCAAAAGCCAUAACUACAUGUGUACAAGGGAAAGCUGAUAAGCUGGAAUCAUGAGUUUUUUAUAUACUGUAAACUGCUAUUUAUAAGCUCCCCCAGUUAUAGGCACAUCUGCCUGUAAACAAAAAAAAUGCAUCCGAUCAUAACCCCCCGCCUCCCCUUCCUAGAUAAAAGCACCCCUCCAAAUGUAUAUAAAUGAAUUUGAUCUAUUAUUAUCUUAGUUAUAAGCCCCCAUGGAUUCGAGCCUCUCCAUAUUUAAGCCCUGAUCCUAAAACCCCUUACGAAGAUGUACAAUGUAUAAGCCCAUGACUUAUAAGCGGUAGUUUACGGUAUCCCAUCAAAUUGAAUUCUGUGGAGUGUUGUGUAGAAGUUUUUAUUGUGAAAAUAAUAUGUGUGACUCUCUUUUUGUAGUGUAUCUUACCACUCAAGGUGUAAACCCACAUGAGCAUCCUGUGAAAUCUGAACUGGUAAAGUCAUUUGCCUGGAAUACACAAGCUGCAUGCAGUACCAUUAUAUCAUUAUUUAUUAUAGCAAGUAAAGAAGCCUCGACUGUGCUCUGUUCUGUUCCUUCCAUUCCUUUUUAGAAUGGACCAAAUGUCAUGAUAUGAUUGUUUUUGAAUGGCUAAGAAAAAUGAGUAUGAGUUCAGACCGUACAAAAUAGGUGCGGGUCGGUAAAGUUUUAGUUUUAAAAAAAUUUAAAUAAUGGAGAAUAUUGGCACAAUAUCACUGGAAAAAGGUGCUGGAGCACACAACUCAUGAUUCCUUACUAAUCCUCACAACAAGACUAUAUUUUUUUUAACACUAUUUUUUCUCAUGCUCUUUUCAUCCCUUUGUAUUGUAGUAUUGUUUAAGCUGUAUCCCAUAGGUUGUGCACAUCGGUAGGUUUUGAAGGUCAUAGAAGUUCUUUAACUUGUGUGCUGCCAUUUGUUGUCAUUGUAGGACAGGAUAAAGAAGUACAUGGGAAAAGUGAAAGAAGCAACAGAAAAGAAAGAAGGUCAGUAUCUCCGCUGAUCCCUUAGAAAAACUAGCAAUUUAUCCGGAAUCUACUAAAAUUGAACAAACAAUAAGUGAAAAACCAGAACUUCCUGUGUAAUAAAAACCCAUUAAAACCCACCUAACUCUGGGGAUUGUGGCAACAAAUAUUUGAUUCGAAAUUUGUCAGUGAUGAUGCCUGUCUUAAAUGAUCCAGUAAACUGUUCAACAACACCGCUCCACUAUAAGUGAAACUCUUUUUGAAGCUUUCAUUGCAGGAAAGUGGUACUGCUAGUGUGUUUACCAUAUUUCUUAUGUUAUAAGACUUAAGUCCAUACGAUUAAUAAAUUUUGAGCUCAAAUUCUCAAAAGUUUCAUUCUUAUAAAAAGUCUUAUACAUAAGAAUAUAUAAAUCAAACUUACGUGGCAGUUCAAGUUUAUCCCAAUUUAGUGACUGAAAGAGCUCAUCCAGGCAAGCAUUGUAAUUUGAUGUUGUGAUUAUACAAGCAGCGCAGUUCUGUAGUUUCUGCAGCUUCUGGGAGAGGCCCUUAUUACAAUUUCCCCAAACUGUAAUUGAAGUGAGGCUGUACAUGUACAAGAGCAUGAUAAAAUAGUCACGAGGGACAAAGUUUCUGACCUGCUUAAUUGCACUGAUGCCUGAAGCAACCUUAAGUUUUUAGAAAUCAUCUGAAUAUCGUCAUCCCAAUUCAGGUUCUGGUCAAUUUUUUUCCCAGCCACUGGGAUGAUUGAUAUCAGGCUAUAAUUGGUCAUAUCUGAACGUUUUCCUUCAUUCUUGUAGAGUGGAGUAAGUCUUGGGCUUUCCACUCAUCUUCAAAUAUUUUCUUUUUAAUUGACAAAUUGAAUAGACAUGACAAUGAUUCAGAAAUCAAAUCAGGACACUCUCACAGAAGCUUGCCAGAAAUAUUGUCAAGACCUGUUGCUUUCGAUUUACAAAGUUUAGAUGUAUUGUUUUGUUUACAGGUAGGAGGAGCUUAUAAGGGGCAGUUUGAGGGUUGAUUAAAGAGAGGGAAGAAUUAUUAUUAUUAUUUUUUUCAAUCUGUUUUGUCAUAGCAUCUCUAAGGAUCGAUAAGGGUGCUGCUAAGAGAUUUGUGAAGAGUGCAUUGUGGAAUCCAUCAGGUAACUUAGAAAGUAACCAGUUAUAGUGAAACCUACAUUUUUUGCAUGUGUUUUACUUAAUGUAGAACAAUGUCUACUGUGACAGAUAGCUCUUGUUCCUGCAUGGAAACCAUAUCAGAUAGGGCUUUUAUGCACAGUGGUUUCUGUACUGAAGCAGAAUUUGCGGCUCCUAUCUUGAAAGUGGAUCAUCACUAACUGCUACCCUUCGUGGCAGUAUGAACAGGUGUUCAUGUAUGUAGACAAAUUAAACUAUCCAGUAUAGAAGAAACAGUAACCAGAUGUCAUAUGACUGCAGUUCGACUUUUCAAACAGUUUUUACUUAACUACUGCAGUUUGGAAAUACGUGUGGCCAGCGCUAAGUUUGACUUUUCAUUCAAAGUCUACUGGCUUCAGUUUGACCAAGCCAGGUCCCUAAAAAAUAUGCAAAUUAGCAACUGAAUGCCACAACUGUUGUGUCUACAGCUCAUUUAAUUGCAUUUGAUUAACUUGUUCACGUAAGUUGUUGUGUUUUAUUGUGGACAACAAGAAGAGCCCACAAUCCUAAUCUCCAGGUUGUUAUAACUUAUGCGGCGCAUAUAUGUAGCCAGCAUUUAUUUAGUUUCCACUAAGUAUGAAUGGAAUGCACAAAACGCAACUUGAUCACGCGCGUUUCGACUUCCUACCCCUCAUCAUCUGAUGACGUGUGUUUUGAUCAACUGUCACGUGAAACUAACGCAAAGCAUCGCCUUGGAGGAAAAGCUUUUGGACCUCUGAUCGUUGUCGCCUGCACUCCCUAACCUUUGGUUAUUACUAGUUUAGAAAUUAUUUUGUUUGGCUUACAGAUAAAAAGGAUUCUUCACAAGAUGGAGGGGAAACUUCAAGCAAAGAAGGUGAAUCAAACAUUUGUCAGUAUCAUUUAAAUCAAUGAGGGUGCCUGGUGAACCUUGUAUAUUAAAGAGGGCACAAAAUGUAAAUCAAUGCACAUUAUUCAUCAAGCGUGAAAUCCCCAUCGCUUGGAUGCUCAUCUUGUGUUGGGUGUGUGCUAAGUGUGUGUUUUUAUGGACUAUCAUUGUCAUCUUCUCUUCGUCAGCGCCUUGAUUAUCUUCCUACUUCUCCUCCUCCUCCUCCUCCUCUUCCCCUCCUCCUCCUCCUCCUCCUCCUCUUCCAUCUCCACAUCCACCUCCUCCUCCACCUUCUCUUCCAUCUCCACAUCCACCUCCUCCUCCACCUUCUCCUCCAUCUCCACAUCCACCUCCUCCUCCACCUCCUCCUCCAUCUCCACCUCCUCCUCCACCUCCACCUCCUCCUCCACGUCCUCCUCCACCUCCUCCACCUCCUCCACCUCCGUCUAUAGGAGGCUCUGGGGUAACUUGUGACUCUGAAAGCGGGGCGGGUAAGGCAUGUGCGUGUUACAAUUAUGGCUCGCCGGUCAGACGCUGAUCGAGAAAAAAACUGGAAUCGAGCCUUAAAAAAGGGUCAGCAUACGGGUCUACUUGUACUGACUGUUUCUAAUAUCCUUUGCCCAAAGCUAACAAGAAUGCAGAAAAACGCAAGGGUGAAGACAAAUCCAUCACGCCUUCAGAGAAGAAGAAAAAGAAAAAGAAGUAG